AUGGACAGUGAGACGAGUAAGAAAAGGGGAAUAGAAGAUGAUCAGGGAUUAGAACAGAGGAAGGUUGCCAAGGGUUCAGCUGGGUUGCCCGUGUUCAAUCUGCAGCGGUUCUGUUAUAGACACAACCCGGAUGUGCAGUCGUCGAUCGCCAGCACGGCAUGCUACAAGCAGGAUGCGAAGCGGCUGAAAAGCGUGAACGAUAAGAUCUCGCAACUGCCGAAACAUGAGCGGGAGGAGGUGCACCACGUUGUGUCGACGUUCAGCAAGAGCAACAACAAGCUGCGGAAACUGAUGUUGGAGGGACUGUUGAAUGCGUGCUGUUUCCCGCAGCUUUCGUGCGUGGCGUCGCUGGUGCAGAAUAUGAUCAGGAUCGACUUCAUCAGCAUUCUGCCGCAGGAGAUAUCGCUGCGGAUUCUGUGCUAUCUGGACUGCCAGUCGCUUUGCAGCGCGGCCAAAGUGUGCCGGCGGUGGAAAAUCAUGGCGGAUGACGACCGCGUGUGGCACCGCAUGUGCGAGCAGCACAUCGACCGCAAGUGUCCCAACUGCGGGUGGGGGCUGCCGCGGUUGCACAUGAAGCGUGCCAGGAACCCGCCGACGCUGCCGCGCUGUACAGAGCUCAUCACGGGCAACCCGCUCCCGCAGUGCGCGGCCAAGCGCGGCACCACGCCCUGGAAGGUGAUCUACCGCGACAGGUUCAAGGUCGAAUGCAACUGGCGCAAGGGCCAGUGUGCGAUCCAGGAGUUCAAGGGCCACAUGGACGGCGUGCUCACGCUGCAGUUCAGCUCGCGACUGCUGUUCACCGGCUCGUACGACUCGACGGUCGCCAUCUGGGACCUGUGCAGCGGUCGGCUCAUAAGACGGCUGUCGGGCCACGGCGACGGCGUCAAGGCGCUCUACUUCGACGAGCAGAAGGUCAUCACCGGCUCGCUCGACAAGGCGAUCAGGGUCUGGAACUACAUCACGGGCGAAUGCAUCUCCACCUACAGAGGCCACACGGACAGCGUCCUGAGCGUCGACUCCUACAAGAAGAUCAUUGUGAGCGGCAGCGCAGACAAGACCGUCAAGGUGUGGCACGUGGAGUCGCGCACCUGCUACUCGCUCCGAGGACACACAGAGUGGGUCAACUGCGUCAAGCUGCACCCGAGCAGCUUCCUGUGUUUCAGCUGCAGCGACGACACCACCAUCCGCAUGUGGGACAUACGAACAAACAGCUGUCGGCGCGUCUUCCGAGGCCACGUCGGCCAGGUGCAGAAAGUGAUCCCGCUGACCAUCAUCGACAUCGAGAACCUGGUCGUCGACGACAAGCCGACCGCCGAUCCCGCUCCCGCCGACGACCCGAACGACCCGCGCCAGCUGCUAAACGAGGACCUCCCUUACCCUACCCACAUCCUCUCGUGUUCCCUGGACAACACCAUCAAGCUAUGGGACGUCAAGACGGGCAAAUGCGUCCGCACCCAAUUCGGCCACGUCGAGGGCGUCUGGGACAUCGCCGCGGACAACUUCCGCAUUGUGAGUGGCUCGCACGACGGCACGGUCAAGCUUUGGGAUCUACAAAGCGGCAAGUGCAUUCACACGUUCCAAGGCAAGAGUCUACAGGAGCCACACGAGCACCGCACCGAAAACGCUCCCCACAAAGUCUCUCCGAUAGCCUGCGUCGGCAUCGGAGAUUCGGAAUUCUUCACGGGCGACGAGAUGGGGUAUGUAAAGAGAUACAGGUUCGACACCACCUAG